AUGAAGCGCUCACGCGAGCCUGAAGAAGAAUCUCCCGAACCCGCCUUGGGUUCUUCAGAUGGUGUAGAUUCUCAGGAAGCGGAACUUCCAGCCUCAAAAAUCACAGGCCUUGACGACUCGGCAAUCGACAGCAGUGCAGACAUUGCAAUGAGAUGUUCCCUCCCUCCACAUCGAGAGGUGGUGUCCUUCCCGACAUACGAGGAAUAUGAGACGCAUUACAGUCAAGCGCAUACGAAUCGUUGUGUACAGUGCAAGAAGAACUUCCCCUCGGAACAUUUGCUGAAUGUCCACUUUGAGGAUUGUCACGAUGCCUUUGCCGCUGUAAAGAGAGAGAAAGGCGAGCAUACAUACUCAUGCUUUGUUGAGGCAUGUGAUCGCAAAUGCAGAACACCUUAUAAGAGGCGGAAUCACCUCAUCGACAAACACAUGUACCCAAAGAACUACUUCUUUGCGGUCACGAAGGACGGCAUCGAUGGGAGGCAGUGCCUUCUUGUGAAUGGAGGACACCAUCGAAGGAAGUCAUCUACUGCGACCACUGCUAGCGGUGCCAAGGCAGCCUCGAGAAGACAAAGCCUCCGACAAACAGAGAGUACCAAAGCAGGAACAGACGAGCCGAACGACACUGCGAGACAAAAUGUUGUUAAGCAGGAUUCUAGAGAUACAUCAGAGGAAGCACCCCAACCAGAAGUUCCUGAUAUUCAGAUGGAGGACUUAGCAGGCGCAAUGUCCUCGCUACGGUUCGUACCCCCAAGCGUAACGUUCGGCCGGGGUAGAGGCAAGGCAGGCUUCGCAAAACGAUGA